UCAGUAGUUUCAGGCAAUUGGGGCAAGAUCCGUAAACCUGUUUGUUCCGUUCGAAUUCGAUGAUAAUUAAAAGCUAUAAUUGUGAAAAAUGUCUAAGUUUUCUACUGUUCUUAAUAUUUCUCCAGAUGUGACAAAAUUCGUUGGAUUUUUCGUUAUUUUUCUAAUUCACACGCAACUUUCUUAUAGCCAGCGAUUUGGUUUUGGACCUUUCUGGGAUUUUACAAAUACGGAUACGGACAUCAAAUAUUCUUCGGUCCCAAUUUCUACACCUGAAGAAUGUGCUCGGGAUUGUACAGACGAUGGAUAUCCAAGAAACUGUUAUUAUAAAUUUCACAUCGAAUUCUAUACAACGUGGGGGCCUGCUUGUAAUGUAACAGGAGGGGCUGAUCAAUGUAUUAUGGCGGAUGGGUUCGAAAAAACGUUAAUACCAAUUAAUCGACGAUUACCAGGGCCACCGAUUGAAAUAUGUUUGGGCGAUCGUGUUAUAGUCGACGUGGAAAAUGCUGCUGCAGGGAUGGAAGUUACGCUACAUUGGCAUGGAAUCUUUCAACAGAAUUUUCAAUAUUACGAUGGUGUACCUUACCUUACACAAUGUCCGAUUGCAUCAGCUUCGACGUUUAGAUACGAUUUUGUAGUACAGAAUUCGGGAACGCACUUCUAUCAUUCUCACGUACUCACGCACAUGCUAGAUGGUCAAGUCGGGCCUUUCAUUGUUAGAGAUCCACCGGGUCUCAAUCCGUACUGGAAUUCAUACGAUGUCGACGCCAACGAACAUGUUAUAUUCUUAACAGAUUGGAUGCAUGAAUUAUCAUUCGAACGUUAUCCUGGUUGGUAUCAACACACAGAAUUGUUAGGACAGACUGCGAGGAAUUAUCUUAUAAACGGUUUGGGAAAUUUUACGGCUAAUGGUACCACUACCAAUGGAAAAUUGGCUGAAUUUACGAUACAGAGCGGGAAACGGUACCGAAUGCGUCUGAUUAAUUCGUUUAGUACAGUGUGUUUGGCCGAAUUUUCGAUUGAGGGACAUACUAAUCUGACGAUAAUUGCUCAGGAUGGUGCGAACGUGAAACCUAAACCGGUGACCAACAUAGUUACGGCCACAGGUGAACGCGUGGAUUUCAUCUUGAACGCAGAUCAAAGUGUCGGCACUUACUGGAUAAAUGUGCGUGGUCUCGGCGAAUGCGCAGGCACGAAGGUGUUACAAAAUGCUAUCUUGAGAUAUGAAGGUGGUCCUCAGAGGCCAACAAGCCCAAUUCCUACUUACGAGUAUGUGGUCAACCAUACGAAGGGUGUUACGUAUAAUGAUUUAAAUGCAACGCUGUGUGAUACAAAUGAUACUAGCACUGUAGUUUGUUCUAAUCAAUUGGAAGGUCUAAAUCUUACCCAUCCUGAUCUGUUGAAAGUGGUACCGGAUGAGCGACACAUAUUACCUUUUUGGUUCUUUAAUUAUACUGAUUAUGAUGGUAGCAAACAAUUGUUUGCUACCGAUACGUACGGCACCUUCUUUGAUGCUAACGAUCGCUCUCAACUUAUUUCCAUGUUUAAUGAUGUUGAAUAUGAAACUCCUUCAUCGCCUUUGAUCUCGCAACCGAACGCUUAUCAAACUAUAUGCAAGAAAAAUCAACCUAGCCAUUGCACCCAGCCAUGCUCGUGUUCUCAAGUUAUUUUCACAAAACUAAAUAACGUUGUGGAGUUAGUUAUAUACGAUGAAAUACCAGUAACUGAGCUCCACCACCCGUUUCAUUUGCACGGUUACGAAUUCAGAGUAUUCAGUAUAGGACAAUUUAAUAAUGGUAAAAAUAUUUCAAGAGCGGACAUAGAUAAUAUAAUAGCAGAACAUGAGCAACGUCUCCGAAAUAACCAAUACAAAAUUCCGCCUGGUAAAGAUACUGUCAAAAUUCCGGAAGGCGGUUGGUCGAUUGUACGUUUCAAGGCUACUAAUCCAGGAUGGUGGUUACUUCAUUGCCACUUUAGCUGGCAUCAUAUAACAGGAAUGGAACUGGUCAUUCAUGUUGGUGACGAUUCCGAUCUUCCACCUGUUCCACGUAAUUUCCCGCAGUGCAACAACUGGAGACCAGCCGUCAAGUCUCUGAACCAUUUUUACAAGAUUGACUUCCCUAAUUACAAUCAUGUAUAGUUUGAUGAUUGAAACAAUAUGAUCAUAAUAUUAGUAAAUGAAAAAGCAACAAUAUCAUAA